GCCAAACCACUGAACAUAAAACAGUCAUGUCAGCCCUUCUGUUUUUCAAUCGAUUUUGAGAUGUGAGUAAAUGGUGUCUACUUUUAUAUUUACUGUCAACUUCAUGCUUCCACGCUGGUCUCCAACCAACAUGUUGCUGACAGGUUUUCGACAUGUGUUCCUCUGUUUCAUCUUCUACAUUUCAGAUGUUAAUGGAGGAGAAACCAGGAUCUGUGCUUUCAAAGGUUCACCAGUCGAUCUGCCCUGCUCAGAUCAACAUCUGACUUCAAGCAGAAAAUGGUUCACUAUAGACUGGGAUGGUUACAAGUAUGUUCAGAGUGAGCUCUCUGUGGAUGGACACCGUGUAAUGUACAACAUGUCUGAAGAGAAAAACCCAACUUUAACCAUCAAUGAUCUAAGAGAGAGUGAUGCAAACACUUACUGCUGUAUGAAGACUACAGACAGUCCAGGACGCUGUUGGUUCAAUAGAAUUACUCUCCAAGUUGUUACAGAGCUGCAGGUAAAGGUGAUUCCUGUCACAGAGGGACAGACAGUAACACUGAUGUGCAGCAGCAGCUGUCCUCUGACUGAAAAGCCUGCAGCCUACAUCUGGUACAAGAACAGAGAGUUUCUCUAUGAGGACUGGUCUCCCUGGUACCAAGAGCUGCUCAGCAGUGAGGAAGCAGUCACAUACUCCUGUGCUGUCAAAGGCUACGAGGAUCUCAGAGCCCCUGAAGUCUCUGUGGAUUCCAUCGCACAGACAUGCUUCAGUGUGACUUAUGCUUAUGGAAACAUUUGUUCUUAUAAACAGACAUCAGUGGAUGAGCCGUGCACCAUCACAUACCCCAGAGAGGUUCAUGUUCAAAGAGUUUCUUCCACCUCAGAGUUUGUAACAUUGACCUGUAACACCAGCUGUAACCUGACUGACCAUCAAACUGUCUACAUGUGGUAUCACAACAAAAGAAACUAUCAUGAGAAUCAACAUUUUUCAACUCAUAACUCUUCAACUGGCACAUUGUCUUGUGCAGUGAAAGACCACAAACAUCUUCAAUCUAAGGAAGUUUGUGUUCAGGAUAAAAACUGCUGGAGAGUGAAUUAUGUCAGCAGGAGAAUCUGUGCUCUGGAAGGAUCUUCAGUCAACAUCACAAGUGAAUACUCACAUCCUGAUAACAUGAAGCCAGAGUUUAAAUGUUGGAGUAAAAAAUGGAGAAAAGAUAAAGUGGAAGUUGAAGAGCUGAUUGAGGCUGCAGGUCGUGUGGAGUAUCAGGACAACAUGAAGAACCAACACAUCCUGACCAUCAACAACCUGAAGAAGAAUGACUCAGGAGGAUACACAUUCAGAUUCCAGAAAGAUCAUGAAGGAUGGACACAGUCUGAUCUGCCUGGAGUCUUUUUGAUUGUCACAGGUAAAUCUAAACUCCUCACUCAGCAGACUUUACUCAUGAAUGUCUGA